AUGUCGGAAGCUGUGGCUGAGGGCCGGGGAGACAUGAAGCCAGAAGAGGGCGGCAGCGAGCCGGGAACGAGCCAGGAGCUGCUGCAGAGACUGCGGGAGCUGGAGGCAGAGAACUCGGCGCUGGCUCAGGCCAACGAGAACCAGAGGGAGACGUACGAGCGCUGCCUGGACGAGGUUGCCAACCACGUGGUGCAGGCUCUGCUCAACCAGAAGGACCUGCGCCAGGAGUGCCUCAAGCUGAAGAAGAGGGUCUUCGACCUGGAGCGGCAGAACCAGACCCUGAGCGACCUCUUCCAGCAGAAGGUGCAACUGACGACCGGCUCGCUGCCCCAGCUGGCCCUGCACCCGGUGCCCGUGGUGUGCAGCCCCCCGGCCGGUCUCCAGUUGGGCUCGGUGGAGAAGCUGGCCCCCCCGCUGCCCCUGGGACGCUGCGCCCUGCCGAGGGAGGUGGGGUACGGAGGGCUGCGGGCAGGCGGCCCCAGCUCUCAGUCCAUGGAGGCGUUGUCUCCGUUCUUCAAGAAGAAAGCACAGAUCCUGGAGGUGCUGCGGAAGCUGGAGGAGACGGACCCCCUGCUGUGCCCCCCACCCUGCCAGCUGUCUCCCUGGAGGGACCCCAGCCACUCCCCUGCUGAGCUUGGCUCCCACAAAUCCCUAGCGGCCAGCCGGAGCCAGCCGGAGUCGCCGGUGAAUGGGGAGGGGCCCCUGGCUGCCACCCAUGAGCUGUGGCCGUCCUGCCUGCUGCGAGCACAGAAUGGCCUGGAGGAGGUGCUGAAGUGGAAGGGUGAGGAGGGGGGGCCCCUGGAGGCCGAGGGGGGGCGCCCCCAGCUGCUCCCCCCACUGUGCUGCCAGCAGAAGAGCGAGGGCAGCUCCUCGUCCUCCUCCGACGAGACGGGGGAGCUGGGGGAGCUGGGACCUGUGGAGAAGGGCCCCCCGGGUGAGGCCCUGCUGAGCACCCUGGCUGAGAAGAAGCUGGACCUGGGCCUGCUGCUGGAGGAGACCGAGUGCUACCUGCAGCACUUCCUGAAGCAGGGCUGCCCGCUCAACGGGGAGCCAGCCGCUGCCUACCGGCUGGAGGGGCCCCCGGGGGCGCUGGGCCCCAAGCCAGGGGUGCUGGGCAAGGCCCUGAGCCGGGACAUGCUCACCGGCCUCUCGGUCAUGGGCAAGUACCAGCCCACGAAGCCAGCGUCAGGCCCAGCCCAGGGCAGCGCAGACAAGCCAGCUUUUGGCACAGCCGCCGGCGGCCAGGACCUGGGGCCCUCCCUGGAGCCGGCCCUGGAGCGCCAGGCCUACAUCAGCGUCUGCCUCUCCGGAGACGAGCCCCCCGAGAAGAGUGCCAAGGGCUUCGGCCAGACCUUGGCUCAGGGCAAGCCCAAGCUGCAGCCGGGCCCCCCGUCCCCGGGCGGUGGGGCACUUCCCCUGCCCUCCCCCUCCAAGAUGGUCAAGUUCCUGAAGAUGCCCACGCCCGGGGAGAAGCCCCAGGGCCCCAACCCUCUGCGCCUGAGCCCCCAGCUCACCCGCAGCUCCAAGAUCCCCUGCCGUAGCAACAGCUACGAGCCGUGCCCCUCGCCCGUGCUCAGCCGCAGGGCCUCCCCCGAGGGGCCCGCGGUGCCUGCCUGCCCCCUGCCCCCUGGGGCCGGCGGCCAGGCCUCCCCCAAGGCUGGCAGGCACCUGGCCCCCGGGCCGGCCGAGGCCGCUGUGCAUGGCCCCCCAAAGCCCCACGACUACGAGAACGUCUCGGAGCUGUCGGUGGGCGGCCUGGCCUCCCCGCUGGAGCGGCCCAAGGGCUCCCGCUCCACCCCGUCGCGAGGCACCAGGCCAGACGCCCCCCACUGCCCGCCGGAGCUGUGCCCCUACGCCCCUGCCAAGGAGGGCCGGGAGCGGGGCGCUGAGUCCCCGCCGGCCGCCCGCAGGAGUGCUGGGGGCUCCGCCGGGCCCAGGAGGCCUGGGAACAGCGCUGGGAAGAAGCAGCUGGAGCCGGGACACCUGCCGUUUAAGGAGCGUCUCUCGGCGCUGGGGAAGCUGAAGGGGGCCGAGACCGGGGAGCGGAAGGAAGCGCCGGGCCCGGAGAAAAACGCCUGCCCUGGGAAGGCCAGGGCACCAGGCCGGCCCUGCGAGGAGGCGCUGGAGGCCAGGGCACAGCCUCGGCCGGGCGCGGGCGGCAGCCUCAAACACCAGGAGCAGUGCCACGGCGGGGAGCCGGCCGGGCGGUGCUACUCCUCUGGCUCGGUGGGCUCCCGGCUGGAGGCUGAGACCUGCUCCUCGAAGCACUAUGCCGCCAAAGCCCGCCAGCCGGGGGCGCUGGGCGCAGUGGGGACCCCCCUGGGCCCCAGGAACCCCCCCAAAGCCCCUCCGGUGCUCCCGGCCAAGGGCGCCAAGAGCCCCCAUGGGAGCCCCACCAAGCUGCCCUCCAAAUCGCCCACCAAGGCGCCGGCCAAGGCUGGGGCUCCCCGCCCACCAGCAGAGGAGGCAAGGCCCGGUGGCCCCAAGCCGCCCCCCACACCGCCGCCUGGCGCGGGCCGCAAGCCCCCUGACUGUGCCAGGGCCCCGCCCCUGCCUGGCCAAGCUCUGCCCGCGGUCGGCCCCGCGCUGCACUCGGCCAUCGAGGAGAAGGUGAUGAAGGGCAUCGAGGAGAACGUGCUGCGCCGCCAGGGCCAGGACAAGGGGCUGGCGGGCGAGGGGAAGCCGAAGAACUCCAGCGGCAUCGCCAGCUGGUUCGGGCUGCGCCGGAGCAAGCUGCCCGCCCUGAGCCGGCGGCCCGAGGGGCUCCAGGCCAAGGAGGAGCGGAAGCAGUGGGGCGGGGCCGCCUCGCCGCUGCGCCGGGAGGGGAAGGUGGCGGCCUGCAAGCUGGAGGCAGAGAGCCUCAACAUCUCCAAGCUGAUGGAGAAGGCGGAGGACCUGCGCAAGGCGCUGGAGGCGGAGAAGGCCUACAUCAACGGGCUGGCGCUGGAGAAGGGCCGGCCCCACGCCUGCGGCAUCCUCAUGGAGCAGACGCAGAACGAGCUCCAGGUCAUGUACCAGGAGGUGACGGCCGAAAACUUCAUGCAGCAGCUGCUGAACAGGGUGGACGGGAAGGAAGCCUAUGAGAGCCGGCUGGAGCAGAAGAGGGAGCUCCGGGAUUUCCAGAGGGUCUCGCAUGACGCCAAAGACCCCAGGCUCUUCCGGCCCCCACGGAACGGCAUCGUCGGCCACCUGCGGAGCUGUGAGGAGACCCCCGAGAAGAGCCCAGACCCGAAACUCCGGGAGGAAAUCCCAUCGGACGACAGCCUGGCUGAGUCAGUGAACUCCCAGCACUUCACAGCGUGUGGCUCCCUGACACGGACCCUGGACAGCGGCAUCGGCACCUUCCCUCCCCCCGACUACUGCAGUGGGGCUCCCAGUAAAAACCUCCCCAAGCUGAAACCCAGCCUGGACCCGCUGCCCAGCCUCGCCCCGGGGCGGCCCCCCGGCGGCCCCAGAGUCCCCCGCAAGGCCCGCACACUGGAGAGGGAGGUGCCCAGCGCGGAGGACGUUCUGGCACCCGGCAAGCACCAAAGCAUGCCCACGUUCCACGGAGUGCUGGCCAGCGUGGAGCCGCCCCCGAGCCUCCGCGGCCACGGAGUCUGCCCCGAAGACCCCCACCUGGAACCCGGCCGAGCGCGGCGAGUGCAGCAGAGCAAGAACUGGACCUUCCCCAACUCCAAGGCCUGCGGCGGCUCCGCGGACCCCUUCCUGUGCACGGCCCGGGACCUGGAGGGGCUGCACGGGCUGGCCGGGAGCUCCGCACGCAGCACCGCCGAGAGGAAAAGAGCCUCCUCAGAUGGGCCCCGCCUGCCGCCCCCCUCCCCACCGGCAUUCAGCGCCAGCCGGACGCCCAGUGCCUCUGACGUGGGCGAGGAAGGCAGCAUGGAGCUGAAGUCCAGGGACACGGGGCAGGGCCAGCCGGGCCUGGAGAACUCGGAAUCGCUCAGUGACUCGCUGUACGACAGUCUCUCCUCCUGCGGGAGCCAAGGUUAA